AUGCAUCAUGACCAGAACAUUGAUCCUGAUAGUGGUGAUUUGCAUAAACCGGAGAUUGUAUCAUUCUACAAUAAAACUAAAGUAGGUGUGGACUCAGUGGAUCAAAUGUGUGCAAAAUACGACUGUUCAAGAAAUACCAAACGCUGGCCCAUGGUAAUUUUUUUCGAUUUGAUAAACAUAGCUGGAAUCAAUGCUUCUCGUGUUUUCUCUUUCAACAACAACCAGAUUGUACGGCGAAGAAUAUUCAUUGAGAAACUUGCAUGGGACCUUAUUGAACCUCAAAUAAGGAAACGGCUGGAUUCACCAUCUCUUCCUAAUGAUCUAAAAGUGAGAGCACGCAAGCUUUUAGGUAUAGAAGAUCCUCGAAGGCCGCUACCAGCCCCAAGAGAUAACAAGGUGGGUCGCUGCUACAUGUGUGCCCGAGCGCGAGACCGUUCUACUCGCAAGUGUUGCGACUUGUGUGGCCACAAAGUCUGCCCAGAGCACUCAUCGAUUGUUUGCCACAGUUGCAUCAAACAGCAGUAA